UGGUUCCAGCUGGACGGUCUGAGUACAAGAAGCGCGGCGCCCAUCAGCAUUGAAAGGUGUGUGCAAGCAGUGCGAUUAUUUCCUUUCUUUGAACACUACCUGCUUACGUUACCAUCGCUAUGUUCUCAUUGCUUACCCUAUGUCUCGGCCUUGCAGCUGUCGUGUCUGCGAAUGAGUGCUACUUCAAGCUUGAGUUGACUUCUGGGAAGGGUUCCCCGGAUGGCUUCGAAAGGGAAAUGAUCUUCAUCAACGGGCAGUAUCCAGGGCCGUUGCUGGAGAUACAGCAAGACGACUGGGUAGAGAUUGAGGUUGUGAACAAAAUGCCUGUCGAAUCGAGUGUGCACUAUCAUGGCAUGCACCAGACUAAUACUCCAUGGGCCGACGGUGUGCCUGGACUUACCCAGAGACCAAUUCAACCUGGGGCUUCUUUCACAUAUAGAUGGCACGCCGAUCAGCAUGGCAGCUAUUUCUAUCACGCUCAUAGCCGUGGUCAAAUCGACGACGGCGCCUACGGUCCUAUUGUCAUCAGGUCCAAGGAUGGAGUUAUCAACCCCUUCGACAAGAUUGCUCCUGCAGAGGUCGGUCUUCUCAAAGAGGCUGCAGCUGCUGCAGUCCCUCUGUUGCUCUCCGACUGGCGUCAUCGGACAUCUGAGGAAACGUGGGCGGACCAGAUAGCCUCCGGCAUCGAAAGUGCCGUCUGCAUGGAUGCGAUCCUUGUCAAUGGCAAAGGCGCGGUCGAUUGUUGGUCACGAGAAGAGAUUACCAAAUUUACGAGCCCGGCAAUUGCACCAGUGUUGACUCAAGCCAACCUACAAUUGACAGACAAAGGUUGCUUCCCGCCAGCGGUCUUUCCCAUCCUUCUUGGAGGCGCCGACCUCAACCCUUCCGCGCUACCCCCCUCAGUCUUUGAGAUUUGCACCCCUACGCAAGGCAGCCGCGAAACCAUCAGGGCUCCAAGCAACAAAAAGUGGCUAGCACUCGACGUAAUUUCGUCUGCCGGCAUCGACACCUUUGCCUUCAGCAUUGAUGAACAUCCACUCUGGGUUUACGCAGUCGAUGGGCACUAUAUCGAACCCGUACAAGCCGACGUCCUGACGGUCGCCAAUGGCGAUCGCUACUCUGUCUUCGUUGAACUUACCAAUCCGGGGAAUAAGAAUAACUUCGGUAUCCGCGUAGCAUCUUUGGCCCUCGUGCAGCUCAUCGAUACCACUGCACUCUUUAGCUACUCCCCUACUCCUGGAAGCGAGGGAGGAUAUAAAACCACGAACGGCCCUUACACGAACUCUUCAAGCUCAGAGCUCAGAUCAAAGCCGUAUACAAAUCGUGCCGGAUUCGCUGUCUCCCCAGGCGUCACCGUCCUCGAGCACGCCUCGACCACUUCAUUUCCCCCACAAUUUCCCCAACCACCACCCUCGCCAGCGCAAACCUUCUUCCUCACAACGGGUAACGUAGGAAACAGCUAUACUUGGGCGCUCAACGCAACCCCAUUCAGCAACACAGCCUUCGACAACACUGCACCGCUACUAUACCUGCCUCCAACCCUUCAGAAUGGCGACGGCAACAUCACUCUUGUCACCAAGAAUGCCACCUGGAUCGACCUGAUCAUCUUGGUUCCGAACCUCUCACAGCCGCCUCACCCAAUUCACAAGCACGGUAAUCGUGCUUUCAUCCUCGGCGCCGGGGCGGGAAACUUCACAUGGCCUGAUGUCGCUAGCGCUGCAGCUGAGAAGCCAGAGCUGUUCAACCUGGUGAACCCAAGUUACAGGGACGGCUUCGUGACGCCGCCAAGCUCGACGCAGCCGACGUGGUUGGCAGUCCGGUACAAGGUGGAGAACCCGGGGGCGUGGAUGCUGCACUGUCACAUCCAGACUCAUUUGAAUGGAGGCAUGGCAGCGGUGAUUUUGGAUGGCGUGGACGAGUGGCCCGAGGUGCCUGCUCAGUAUCAAAACUGAGGUGACUGAGCCGGUGUAGAUGGUCGUGUAGUAGACGAUCAGGUAUC